AUGAAUUUGCAUCCUCCACCACAGUUUCUACCAGUUCCUGGUAAGCCGUCAGUACCAUGGGAGGAAUGGUACUUACUCUUCGAAACUUACCUUACGGCUUGCGGCGGUGACUCGUUCCCCAGUGAACGCAAAGUUUCUAUCCUGCUAAACUGUCUUGGCGCGGAAGGCCAAAAGCAGUAUCGUCACUUGCCGGAUAUUUCUACUCAGAGGAGCACGGGAUCGGCUACAACUUCGCCUCAGCCUGGUGCCGCGUCUGCUGGAGAUACUGCUCCUCCUCACGAUCCUUACGUCGUUGCGGUCAUAAAGCUAAGGACUCGUUUCACGACGAGCGUCAACAGAACUGCCGAACGCUACAAAUUUCGUUCGCGGGCUCAGUUUGCUGAAGAAACUGUGGACGAAUAUGUCUCUGCUCUCACGGAACUCGCUUCCACCUGUAGCUUUGGAAGCCUCACCGAAGAAAUGAUCUGCGAUCAAUUUGUUGAGAAAACUGAUCGAAGGGAGAUACGGGAUCGUCUCCUCUUGGAGCCUUCCCUGACCUUGGACUCUGCCUUGGUAAUUGGAAGGCAAGUCGAAGAGGCCAUACGAGAAUCGGCAUUGCUGUCGAGUCGAGUUCAUUCUUCGCAAGUAGCAGCAAUACGAAAGAAUGAUUCCACUCCAGUGAAGACCAAGUGCUUCAGAUGUGGAUCGGCGAAACACAAGGCAAACAAUCCCUCUUGCCCUGCCAAGGACAAAAUAUGCCGCAAGUGCCGCAAGAAGGGCCACUUCGAAUCCGUCUGCCGGUCAAGUACAAAGCAACGGAAGAUGGUGCGCGAGCUCGACGCCUCAGUAUUUGCCGUCACAUCUGCAACACCUUCAGCAAUCUUCUGUCAAGUUGAGGUCGACCAUAUUCUGCUGAGGAUGUUAGUCGACACAGGAUCGUCAGUCUCCUUGCUGCCCAUUACUUUAUACAAGCAGUAUUUCAAGCACCUGCCGCUCGAACAUUCUGCAGUUAAGCUCAAGUCCUAUUCGCAUGAAGUUAUUCCUGUCCACGGAACGUUCACAGCUUUGGUGAGCUUCGCCAAACGUUCGAAAGCCUGCACUUUCUACGUCGUAAAGUCUGGAACUCCAAUCUUGGGUAUUGACGCCCUUCAUGCACUGGAUAUCAAGUUGGAUGUCGCACAGCUGAGAUGCUCUCGCGUACAAGCUGAGUCAGACGACAGCAUGGAAUUUACUGUCAAGACUUCAGUGAUUCCUGUGCAGCAGAAACUGCGACGGCUGCCAUUAGAAGUCCGACAGAAAGUAUCCGAGGAACUGCAAAAGUUAGAGCAAGCGGACAUCAUCGAGCGGGUUGACGCGUCCGAAUGGGUGUCUCCCAUCGUCGUCCUCUGGAAAAGGACCGGAGAACUGCGCUUAUGCGUCGAUCUACGGAAACCAAACGAAGCAAUCAUUGUGGACAGCCAUCCACUUCCGCACGGUUUGCUUUGGCCUGGCCUCGGCGGCAGCAGCUUUCCAGAAAAUGUUAUCUACUGUCAAGGUUGUGAAGGAACAAUUCACUACCUGGACGACAUUCUUGUCUUUGGGAAAAACCGCAGGGAUCACGACAACAAUCUCCGCAUGGUUCUCCAACGGCUAGAAAGCUCACUGUUACGUCUCAACAAGAAGAAAUGCAUAUUUGGCGUUCAGGAAGUACAGUUCUUGGGCCACAGGAUAGUUAACGGCACGUUGAAGCCAUCGCAGGAUACGUUGGAAGCCAUUAUUGAGGCACCAAGUCCACAGACCAUAUCAGCACUUCGUUCGUUUCUGGGUCUUGCAAGUUAUUACUUGAAGUUUAUUCCGCAUUUUUCUUCUGUGACAGAGCCACUACGACGACUCCUUCGGAACGGUGUCCCGUUCACUUGGACUUCUGAGCAGCAAGAUGCUUUCAAAAGUGUCAAGUUACUUAUGAGGGACUGCAUCCCGUUAGCGCUUUUUGAUUCGUCCUUGCCCACGGUCGUUACGACUGACGCCUCCAAUUGCGGGCUUGGCGCCGUUCUUCAACAGCAACAUCCUGAAGGGCUCAGAACAGUAUGCUUCGCAUCAAGAUCCUUGUCUUCUACGGAAGAGGCCUACUCUACAGGCGAAAAAGAAGCUCUCGCAUGCCUCUGGGCCUGCGAGAAAUGGCACAUCUACUUAUUUGGAAGGCGGUUCCUUCUGCGGACCGAACAUCAAGCGCUUGUUACAUUGCUGUCGACUCAGGGCUACGGACGUCAAACAAUGAGGAUUGCCAGAUGGGCUGCACGGUUGUUGCAAUACAAUUACGAAAUUCAGUACAAGAAGGGGCAGGACAACACGGUGGCCGACGCACUAUCGCGCAUGCUACUGAGCAACACCGAGAAAGCACCCUGCGCCUCACCUGACGAAUCAGAGUUGGUUUGUUACGUUCAGCAACUCCAACUGUCUCCACUGACACUAUCUGAGCUACAGGAUAGCACGGGUAACGACCCCGUAAUGACUAACCUCCUGAAACUCUGCACUACUUCUUGGCCGUCGGCGGCAAGGGAGGACAAAAACCUUGCACCUUACUAUUGCGUCCGGGAAGAGCUUUCUACUAUCCAGGGUAUCGUCACCAGAGGAGAAAAAGUAGUACCUCCUGCAGCACUCCGGAAGCGAAUCAUCAGUCUGGGUCAUGAAUCACACCCAGGAAUAGUACGUACGAAGCAACGGAUUCGCAUGCGCUACUGGUGGCCAAAGAUGGACUUGGAGAUAGAAGAAUACGUUCGAGCUUGCCAUAUUUACAGCGCGGCGGAUAAAACAGCCGUUACAAGACAUGCGCCGCUGCAACCCGUACCGUUUCCUUCCGGACCCUGGAAACAAGUUGGAAUCGACCUGGUUGGACCCUUCAGCAACUUACCGUCAGGAUGCCGUCUCGCCAUCACUGCCGUAGACUAUUACAGCAAAUGGCCUGAGGUCAAAAUGACGCCAAAAGUCACGACGGAUACAGUAAUCGCAUUUCUCCGCCAACUUUUCGCAAGGGAAGGGUAUCCAAACAUCAUCGUCUCUGAUCACGGCAGUCAAUUCCAAUCACAUGCAUUUAAGUCUUUUCUACAAGACAGAGGCAUCCAGCAUCGCCAGUCUUCGGUUUACUACCCUCACUCCAAUGGACAAAUAGAACGAUUCAACAGGGUGCUGAAGGACUUCAUACUUCUUAGCGCUUCAGAACAAGGCACCAUACUUCGUGACUUGCCGGAGUUUCUCGGCAUUUAUAGGAGCACACCGCAUGCUGCUACACAGCUUUCGCCUGCAGAAUUGUUACAUGGGAGGCGUAUGAGGACGCGGCUGGACGUCGUGGGAUUUCCUUGCCUUGAGGGUAACAUCAUGACCAGAAAUGACCAAGCUGCGGACGAGGGUCAAAGACUAUCAAAAGCGUAUGAAGCAGAACUUCGACUCACGAAACAGGGUUAA